GAAAGUGCAACACCUAAAAAAAAAAAUGAACAUGAUUUAGUUAUAAAUCAAAUGCACGAAAAAUACUUUUGAAUGAAUCAAUUUACCAACCAGUUGAUAGAUAUUAUAGUUUCAAAUCAAAAAUUGUUGUUAUUUUGUCAUGCCGAAAAGUGCUUCUUCGUUAAUAACAUCAUUAAGCAUUUAUUUGAUUAUUUGCAUUGUUGAAUUUGCACUGGCCAUAGAAUGGAAUAAGGUUAAACCAAUGUAUCUGGUAUCAAUGUAUCCAGCACCGCCCGCUAUGCGACAGGACGAAAAGAACUAUGGGAAGGAUCCCGUAGUACUUAAUCUCGAAAAGGAAACAAUGCCCGAUGAGAUGAUAACGAAAGAAGCUAUGAAUCGUAUCUUUGGUGGUAGUGAAGCCCAUCAAAAUAGUUUCACCUAUCAGGUGGGUUUUCUGCUGCAACGGCCAAAGGGUCUGUAUUGGUGUGGUGGAUCGUUGAUAUCACCUGAAUAUGUGCUGACAGCCGCACACUGUGUGGAUAUGGCUUCGAGGGCUUUGGUGUUUCUGGGCGCUCAUGAUAUCAAAAACGCUCAUGAGCCAGGCCAAAUACGUAUGAUGGUUUAUCAUCGGGACUUUAUCAUAUAUCCUACAUGGAAUCCACGCCGUCUGAAAGAUGACAUUGCGUUGGUGCAUUUACCGAAGUCUGUUAAAUAUAAUGAAAGAAUACAACCUAUUCAACUUCCUAAAAGGGAUUAUGAGUACAGAAGUUUCGAAGACAAAUUGGGUAUAGCAUCGGGCUGGGGACGUUAUGCCACUGGUGUUCAUGCCAUAAGCAAUAUUUUGCGUUUUGUACAGCUGCGCAUUAUAAAUGGUCAAGUUUGCAAAAAUAACUUUCCCCUAUCAUACAGAUCUACAAAUAUCUGCACAAGUGGCCGUUAUCAAAAGUCCACAUGUAACGGAGACUCUGGCGGACCGCUAGUGUUGCAAAGGCGUACUUCAAAGAAACGGGUACUUGUGGGUAUAACAUCAUUUGGUAGUAUUUUCGGUUGUGAUCGUGGUUAUCCAGCUGCAUUUACAAAAGUAGCCUCGUAUUUAGAUUGGAUAUGGGACGAGACUGGUAUUGAUCCUAAUGUAGAUGUUUCGUUAAGAUAUCCUUUCAGUAAAUCCAUAAAAGGUAAUUCAAGGGAGAAGAAAAAGAAAAAGUCACCAAGUUUAGUGCAAAAACAAAAUAUAGACCAUACUGAGAGUAUUGGUGUAAUUGAUACAAGACUGCGAAAAUAUCCCGAUGCGGUAUUGUUUUAAUAUUUAAAAAAAACGUUAUAUAUUAGUUCAAAGUAUUUACAGCCAGAUUUAUAAAAACAAAUAAAUAAUAUAAAAAUUCAGUUAGUUUUGUUAAAUAAUGGGUUUUAUAAAGACCGGCUGUUAGGGACUUAUUUCUUAAUAUUUAUUAAAGUUAAUAGGGUAUUAAAAAUGUCAAAUUAAUUUGAAAU